AUGUUGGACAACCGAUGGGUUGUGCCGUAUAGUCCUUAUCUUCUGUGGAUGUUUAAUUGCCACAUUAAUGUUGAGGUCUGCUCUAGCAUGAAGGCCGUCACAUACAUUUAUAAGGGUCAUGAUAAGGCUUCUUUUAGCAUCGACCAACCAGACGCUGAUGGUAACAUUGAUGAGAUCAAGAGAUACAUUGACGCAAGAUGGGUCACCCCUCCGGAGGCUAUGUGGAUGAUAUUUGGCUUCCCACUGUGCGCCAAUUACCCGCCUGUCUUGCAGGUGGCUCUUCAUCUCCCGAAUAUGCACACGGUUGCAUUCAAUGCACAGGCUGACUUGAAAAAUGUUGUCUCCUCCGAAAAUGCUUCAAAAUCCAUGUUAAUUGAGUAUUUCAAGGCUAACGAAAAACACCCUUGGGCAAGGCAUAUAUUGUACAAGGAUUUUCCCGGAAGCUUCACGUGGGAGAAGAGAAAGAAGUUCUGGAAGCGGCGGGUUGAACGUUUUCAAAUAGGUCGUAUCGUGUCUGCCAAUCCUGCCGAGGGGGAGCGAUACUACCUGCGUGUGUUGUUGAACCAUGUUACGGGCAAAACAGGAUUUGAGGACUUGCUCACCGUGGACGGCAUGGUAUGUGGGAGCUUUAGGGAGGCUGCUGAAAGGUUGGGACUCAUCGAGGCUGACAACACGCUCGACGACUGUCUUACUGAGGCGGAGCAGUGGGCGAUGCCAUGUUCUCUUAGGAGGCUCUUCGCAACCAUCUUGGUGCACUGUGAGCCAGGCGACGUGCGCGGUUUAUGGGAUAGGCACCUCGAGCCUAUGUCUGAUGACUACCGUCGAACACGCACGUCCCCGACUGAGGUGGAGCAGAUGGUGUUGCUUGACAUUAGGGGUAUGUUGCAGUCCAUGGGUAAAGACAUUAUUGAUUUCGCUCUUCCAACCAUUGAUGAUGUGUUUGACCCAACUGAGGGCGAGGCCAGAGAGAUCAUCGAGGAAUCAACCGUUGAGUUUGAUGAAAGUGGCACUAAGUUGUCAUCUUCCUUGAAUUUGGAACAAAGGGCCGCAUACGACGAGAUACUAUUGGCUGUUGAACGAGGUGAUGGGGGUGUAUUCUUUGUAGAUGGCCCUGGAGGUACAGGGAAGACCUUCCUCUACAGGGCGAUGCUCGCCAAGGUGAGGGGCGAGGGUAAGAUUGCUAUCGCUACCGCGACGUCGGGCGUCGCUGCUUCUAUCAUGCCUGGCGGUAGGACUGCCCACUCGAGGUUCAAAAUCCCACUGAGUUGCGAUGAUGGAGCCUCGUGUAGCUUCACCAAGCAGAGUGAGACCGCCAAGCUGCUAAGGAUGGCCUCAUUGAUACUAUGGGACGAGGCUAGCAUGACUAAGCGACAAGCUGUUGAGGCAUUGGACAAUAGCAUGCGUGACAUCAUGGGAAUAUGCGACCGACCCUUUGGAGGAAAGACUGUUGUUUUUGGCGGGGACUUUAGGCAGGUGUUUCCGGUCAUCAGAAGGGGGUCACGGGGCCAGAUAAUUGAUGCAAGCCUCCGAAGUUCUCAUCUAUGGAAGGGUAUGCGGCAGCUUCGGCUCAUCACCAACAUGAGGGCUCAUAAUGACAUGUGGUUUGCAGAUUACUUGCUCAGGGUUGGUAAUGGCACAGAGGAAGCCGACGAUCAAGGCAACAUACUACUGCCUGAUGACAUUUGUCUGCCAUCUACAGGCGAGGUUGACGACCUGGAGAAGCUGAUUGACCACGUGUUUCCGAGUCUAGAUGACAACAUGUCUGAUUCGAAUUACAUGACAUCUCGCGCCAUCCUUUCCACGAGAAAUGACAACGUCGACAAGAUAAACAUCCGCAUGAUAGAGCGUUUCCACGGAGAUGAAGUAAUCUACCAUAGCUUUGACAGUGCGGAGGACGACCCAUAUGGCUACUACGCUCCUGAGUUUCUUAACGGAUUGACUCCCAAUGGGGUCUUCCUCCGCAUGCACUCAAACUAA